AUAGGCAACACUAUUUUGCCAGUUUACCUAGCCCUGCCACCCAGGUUAGAUCUAGAUCUACAUUAUUUUUUCAAAAUGGCUGGUUUAAGUGGAUCACAUCAAAAUUUAUUGGAAGAAGACAAAAAUGAAUCACAGGAUGGAUCAUCAUCAGAGGAGUCAAGAGAGUCAAUAAAAGAUUUGAGGGACAAGGAGAGUUUCAGUGAAUUAGUAACUGGAUUUAAAUCAAUCGGGUUGCCACUACCAGAACAAUCUGGUGCUAAAAAUAUCUCCAGAAAAAUGGAUUCUACUUUAGAAGAUUUACUUGUUACUCCAAGCUAUUUAAAAGAGUGUAUCACAAAUUUAGAUUUGAAAGCAAAAGUUAAGCCAAUUGUACUUUCAUUUAAUGGCUUACCAGAUAGUGGAAAAACAACCGCCGUUAAUUGCGUUCGUGGAAAUGUAAAAGAAAGCGUUUUUCGACAGGUUAGAAGUGCACUAAAACAGCCAAAAGCUGAGGGAAUUGCAUUCUAUGAAAUGGUAGCUGCAAGUUUGAGUGUGCUAAAAGAGCCUAUUAUUAAUGAAUUUACAACAGAGUCUUGCUUUGCACCAGUAAUACUUUCUGCCUUUAAAAAAAAAUUAUUAUCAAAAGGAAAGUUGCCUCGUUUUCAUGACCCCAGUCAAGUGUUGUGUUCAGAUGUUUAUGAGUUUGAGCAACCAGAUUUGGAUGAGCACCUUUGCUUCAUUUAUCAAUUUCUCUCUCAGCAAGCUUUUAUUGUGAAAAAUUUGGAGCAUUCUGACACUGAUAGUGAUAGCAAAAGCAAAGCUCAGAGUCAGUUCUUGAUAGAGUCUCUUCCAGAAGGAAUCGCUCUCAUCAAUAUUUGGGAUGUCACAUUUACUGAGUCUGUACGCCACUUUUUAGCUGCACUACAAGGUCAUCUCUACAAUCAUCACAUGUGGCUCUUUCUUGAUCUAAACCGAGAUUCUCAAAACCUUGCAAAACCACCAGAUACAGAUAAAAAAGGAAGCAGACAAAAUCUUACAAUGCUCAUGCAAUGGAGACCUCAUCUUCACUAUUUGCUACGUUUAUGUAAAAUGAGUGAAGAUAAGGAAGGCAUUAGAAAAAGAGUUUGUACCAUGUUUGCUACACAUGAUGUUCAAUGUAGAUCUGAAGAGCUUACUGAGAAAGUAAAAAAUUUGGAAGAUGGUAUACGGCCAGUAGCAGACCAAGUAGGAAUUUUGUCACUUUUAAAUGAAAAAAUUAAAACACUCAAUUUGCAUACUCAUGAUGAUCUGCAAGGGCUUCAACAAAAGUUCCAGCGUAUUAUCAGCGAAAAACCAUUUGAAGAUAUUCCCAUUGCCUGGAUCUUUCUUCGCACUUUGUUUUAUCGAUUUGAUUGGAAGGUUAUAUCUCGAUGUGACCUCCAAGCAAUGGCAGAAAAAUGCAAUAUAGAUGAGGAGUCGCUGCAAAAGUUUUGUAAAUUUUACAUGUCUUUUGGUAGCAUCCUGGAUCUGAGCCUGAUUAACUCUAAUUACCAAUAUGUUAUUGUGAAGCCAAUAGGGUUUUUGAAUGAUCUAGGAUCAUUAUUAAAUCCAAGCAAGGAAAUUCUUCGAAAGUUUCGAACAAUAGAAUUUGGUAUUGUUCCAGAAACAGCAUGCUUACAUCUAUUCAAUGGGCAUUAUUUCGCUUACAUGGAUGCCCUUGUUUCCCUCACUUUAGCAAUACGGCUAACAAAGCAUAGCGUUGAGUUGAAGGAAGAUGAGCACGGGCUUUUUAAUGAUGAUUUAUUCUAUUAUGUUCCUCUCACUCGUAUUGCUGAUCCAGAUGCUACUCCUAAUUUUCGUUCCAUUCAUAUUGUUACUAGUAUCAAUACGCCUCAUGUUUUCAAGCAAGUUGCUUUCACAAAAUAUUUUCUACAAUUGUUGCCAGAGUCUAAGCUAAUUCCUUCAAAAAAGCCAAACAAAACCAUCAUCAUGGAUCCUGCUACAGGCAUUACUGUCACAUUAGUCUCACAUAGCCCAGCUAUUAGACUCACGUUAAGCAAACCAGAUGAACGUAUAUGCUCCAAAAUUGUUCAAGCAUACGAAAUGAUUGCUGAAAGUGCUAUAAGCCGUGGCAUUACUGCUGUCAACUACAAGUUUAUCAAAGUGUGCGCAAAGAAUGAUCCCUCAAAAUUCCAAUACAUCCCUUCAUGUCACUAUCACAUACUGCCUGAUGACAAGCUCUGCCCUAAAUGCAAUGAAGCUGCCACCGGUGAUGAUGUUAAACUUCUACAGGUUUGGAAUAAAACAUUGAAGGAGCAUCCUGUGAAAGAUUGCUUUCAGUCAACUGAAGGUUUGACACAGGUAAAGGGAAAGGAAAUAGCUGAAGUAGCAGCUAAGAUUGCUUCAUUUGCUUCCAAAAAUGCACCGGUUCAUUUACAUGCCAUUAUAAAAGCUUUUAACGGCACUGAUGAUGUUAAAGAUCUCAAAGCUGAUGACAUUACCAUAAAUAGAAUCAUUCUGUCAUGGUAUGAGAGCAAAAGAGAUACUCAAGAGCCCAGACGACAACUGGCCAGAAAGAUUUUUGAGGUAGGAAGGCAAGUUUCUCAAUCCUGUGAAAGUGAAGAUGAAGAGAAGAAAUUGAUCACAGAGUACAUCAAAAUGUCAAAAAACCUGGAUGUGUAUUUUGAUCCAGAGGCUUUAAGUUAAACUUUAAAAGUUAGAUUUUUGCUGCUUUUGAACAUACAUGUAGUUUUUAGUAUAGUCACUCAGUCAGGCAGGCCUGACUGAGUUUUUAUAUAGCUGCUAUUGUGAGAUUAGAUACAUUAUACACACACUGUAUACUCUAGCAUCUUUUGAUAGACAGUAUCUAGAUAUAUAUGGACAUUAAAUAUAGUCUAAUUAUCAUAAUACAUGAUAAUAGUUUUAACUUUUAAAGAAACGUAAUUUUAUUUGUAAUUGUA